AUGGAUAAUUAUAAACUUUGUGCAUUAGUUACAGAACACGAUGCAAGAAAAGCGGGUGUAGAAGUAGUUAAACAAGUAGAGUCGGCUUGUUAUCAGGUUUACUUUAUCCCUGGAUUGCAAGCAUUAGAUGAAGAAUAUUUAGAGGUUGAUGCACAAUUUGGAGCAUUUUGUGAAGAAGGCAAUAUUGCAGAGAAUGGACCUUUAUCAUUUGUAAAAUCAGUUUUAUUUCCAUUAUAUUCUCUCAACUUCCAAACACUACGAUUUGCAAUCAAAAGACCAGAAAAUAUGGAGAUGUUAAUUAUGCAGAUUAUCAAUCUUUGA